AUGGCAUUUCCAGUCGAUACAUUUAAAAACAAUCUUUUCGGUCAAUUGAAAUCGUACAGUAAUGCAGUGCAAGGGGUUUUCGAACAACGGAUCGCACGACCGAUACUUGCGCUUAAACGUGAUUUAAGUCGGCCCACUUCAGAAGCGCGUACUACACCAGAUCAUGAUGUUGAGACAUCUUCUCGUGCACGUCAAGGCUCGACAUCAUCUUCUUCACCACUGGAAAUAAUUGAGAUCGAUGCAAGUGGAUCAUUCAAAUCGAUAUUUGACAAAGUAAAAAAUACCUUUUCACCAUCGACAAAACGACGAACAUUGGAUAAUACAACGACGGUGAUAACAGUCGAUGAUGACUCGACAAAACAAGCAAAAGUUUAUAGUAAAGCUUCACGAAAAGCAUUCUUACAAUCUCGCAAAAGUGUUUCAUUUGCUGAUGAUGUGGAUGCGGACAGUGAUAGUGACAGUGACAUUAAUAAUCAAUAUUCUGUUGACGAUCGAAAUACAAUUGUUCAGAAUGCUCGUACACUCGCCGAUCAAAUACUUUUGGACAGUAUUGAUGAAAUUUCAAUGAAUAAAUAUUCUGAAGACGAUUUUAUCGAUGAUUUUCAUCAUACGAUUCGUCCACGACGUAUCUCAUCGAACAAUGUCGAAGAUCUAGUGUAUCAAGACCUAUCCGCAGAAAUCGUUGCUUAUGUAUUAAAACACGCAUUACGGACAAUAAAAAAAGAACAAGAGCAAAUCACAUCAGAGACAGAGCAUACCAAUGAUGAUGAUUUCAUCGAUUUAAAAUAG